CGGACAGUUAGAAGACACUCAGAGGGACUUGACUCUCCUCUUUGUGUGCUCCACUGCUCUGCCAGAUCUCUCUCUAUCUGCUCCUCCUUUCCUCUAAAUUCUUCCUUUUCAGAAGAAACAAAUCCAGCCAUGACAAGCUACAGAACUAUGAGCGUGAAAAAAGUCGUUUCCAGCUCAGGCGGUGGUGGAGGUGGUUUCAGUAGUGGAGGUGGUUUCAGUGGUGGAAGCAGUUUCGGUAGCAGCCGUAUGUCUGUAGGAGGAGGAGGAGGAGGAGGAUAUUCCUCACGAUCUGCCAUUUCUAUAAGGCCUACAAUUGCAAUGUCUUCCAGCUCAUUGAGGUCAAGCAUGGGUGGUGGUGGUGGUGGUGGUUUUGGUUAUGGCAGUGGCGGCGGUUUUGGUGGUGGCGCUGGUGGUUUUGGCAGUGGUUACGGCGUCGGUCUCGGUGGCGGCGGUGGCGGCGGUUUCGGCGGCGGUUUCGGCGGCGGUCUCGGCGGCGGUGGAGGUAUGGCAAUUGCUCCAAUCACAAACGUCCAAGUCAACUCGAGCCUGCUGGCCCCCCUGAACCUUGAGAUCGACCCCAACAUCCAGACUGUCCGUACCCAAGAGAAAGAGCAGAUCAAGACUCUAAACAACCGCUUCGCCAGCUUCAUUGACAAGGUGCGCUUCCUGGAGCAGCAGAACAAAAUGCUGGAGACCAAGUGGAGCCUGCUGCAGGACCAGACCACCACCCGCUCCAACAUCGACGCCAUGUUCGAGGCUUACAUUGCCAACCUGCGCAGACAGCUGGAUGGGCUUGGCAAUGAGAAGAUGAAGCUGGAGGGAGAGCUGAGGAACAUGCAGGGACUGGUGGAGGACUUCAAGAACAAAUAUGAAGAUGAAAUCAACAAGCGCGCCACCGUGGAGAAUGAGUUUGUGCUCCUCAAGAAGGAUGUAGAUGGCGCCUACAUGAACAAAGUUGAGCUGGAGGCCAGGGUUGAUGCCCUUCAGGAUGAGAUUAACUUCCUCAGGAGCGUCUAUGAGGCGGAACUGCGUGAACUUCAGGGACAAAUCAAGGACACCUCAGUCAUUGUGGAGAUGGACAACAGCCGCAACCUGGACAUGGACGCCAUUGUGGCUGAAGUCAAGGCUCAGUAUGAGGACAUCGCCAACCGCAGCCGUGCUGAUGCUGAGUCAUGGUAUCAGCAGAAGUACCAGGAGAUGCAGGUCAACGCUGGCCAGGCUGGAGCUGACCUUCACAGCACCAAGAGUGAAAUCGCUGAACUCAACCGUAUGAUCAGCCGCCUCCAGAAUGAGAUCGAGUCAGUCAAGGGACAGCGUGCCAACCUUGAGGCCCAGAUCGCUGAGGCCGAGGAGCGCGGUGAGCUGGCUGUGAAGGACGCCAAGCUCCGCAUCAGGGACCUGGAAGACGCCCUGCAGAGAGCCAAGCAGGACAUGGCCCGCCAGGUCCGUGAGUACCAGGAGCUCAUGAACGUCAAGCUGGCUCUGGACAUUGAGAUCGCCACCUACAGGAAGCUUCUGGAAGGAGAGGAAUCCAGAAUUUCCUCCGGUGGUGGAUCUGCAACCAUCCACAUACAGAGCUCAAGCAGCGGCUUUGGAGGUGGUAUGGGCGGAGGCAUGGGCGGAGGCAUGGGCGGCGGCAUGGGCGGAGGCAUGGGCAUAGGCGGCGGCUAUGGCAGCGGCCUGAGCUUGGGCGGCGGCGGCGGCGGCUAUGGUAGCGGCAUGAGCAUGAGUGGCGGCGGAAUGGGCCUGUCAAGCAUGAGCAUAGGAGGAGGCGGUGGCAGCAGCAUCAGCCAAAGAAGCAGCACCAUAGUCUCUUCUCGCCGUUACUAAAAAUCACAGUUGUCUUUCCCUCCAUUUUUCUUUCUUCAUCUUUAUUUUCUUUGUCUUUGUCCCCACCACCUCUUGCCUUGCAGACACAGGACAGCCAUUUGACCAUUUACAACUAGCAGAUCCAUUAAUGGUGUAGCUCUCUUUGGCAUUUAGUUCCUGUGUACUGCUUCUUGGCACCACAUACCCACAGAGAGUCAGUGAUUACAUCCAAGUACAAGUAAGAGCAGAGAGAUUAUUAGACUGGAAAAACAAAGAGCAACAGAUUCGUGAGUCAGUCCUCUCUUUUGAUCAGUCAGCCAGGCUGCCUUUUGGUUGCUGGAUGUGCUGUUGUGUAGACAAGAGGAUACUUGUAGUGUCAUGACAGAGAAUCCUUACAACCAACAAUCAUUGCACACAAAAUGACAACAGCAGUUUGCACAGAAGGAGGUGUGGAUGUGGCACUUUGUCUUGAAUCUAUAAAGCAUACAUGGCAGGCAGCCAAAUAGUGUCACACCUAUAACUCCUCUCUAAUGUCUCUUAUGCUGUCACACAUCUGUCAUCUUGUUGUGCAGUUUGACAUCAUCAAAAGCAGCCACACAUAACACUUUCAUAUCUGAUUUUUGGGAUCCUCUUUUUCUUCUCCUGUUGGAGGGAAAAUGAGCUCUCCGUUCAGUAUAUUGUUUUUUUGUUUUUUUUUAUCAUUCCUUUUACUUCCAUUCUCACUCUGAAUAAAAAAAAAAACAUGGUUAUGGCUGACUUGGACAACCAGAUUUAUUGUUGUGAACUUGUACCAACAAAACAUUUGAAAUAAAUCUGUGUUCAUAUCCA